AGAAACAAUAUUUCGAUUAAUUUUUCAUUGUAAUCAUAUACCCCUAAUAAUGAGCGCAGAAUUCUUGUAAAAAUCGAUCUCCUAACAAGCUGAAUUCUGCUGCUUAAAGGGGCACACGAACUCCAAAUGUCUAUGCUGAAUCAACUCUUCAACAGGGGACUCCUUGGAGCCAAAUGUAAAACAUGCUUAACCUUGGCAAUCUCGCGUAUCAAGCUUCUGCAAAACAAGCGGGAUGUGCAGCUGAGGCUUAUGAGGAAGGAGAUAGCAGAAUUUCUGCAGGCUGGCCAAGAAGCUAUUGCUCGAAUUAGAGUGGAGCAUGUUAUACGAGAACAAAACACAUGGGAGGCAUAUGAAAUCUUGGAGUUAUUCUGCGAGUUUGUUCUUGCCCGUGUACCAAUUCUUGAAAGCCAGAGAGAAUGCCCUACAGAGUUACGGGAAGCUGUGGCUAGCAUAAUCUUUUCAGCUCCAAGAUGUUCAGAUUUACCGGAUCUAUUGCAGGUCCGGAAUCUAUUUGCUGCAAAAUAUGGAAAGGAAUUCAUAGCUGCUGCAUCUGAGCUUCGCCCCGAUACUAGUGUCAACCGCACGAUAAUUGAAAAGCUCUCGGUGAUUGCUCCGCCCACAGAUGUAAAGCUCAACAUACUGAAGGCAAUCGCACUAGAACAUAAUGUCAAUUGGGAUUCAACCAAAACAGAACAAGAAUUUAGCAAGAAACCCGAGGAUCUUCUUAAUGGACCAAAACAAAUAGCUGUGCAACCUUGUCCAGAGCUAGAAGUUCGGAAAUCUUCGUCUACCAUCACAGAUCAGCCAGCACCAUCUUUACAUGGUAAUCGGCCAGCGCGCCACCUGCAACCUCCCUCUUCCCACAACAGCACUUCGUAUGUGGAAACAAGGCGAGCUGAGUUAUCAGCGAGGGAACAUAGUCCCAAAUCAAUCAACGAGAUCAAGGAUCCCAACCCACAAUCUUCCGAUGACACUCUGCUAAAGGCUCGUGCUGCUAUCACCGCAGCAGAGCGGGCAUCAGCUGCUGCACGAGCCGCUGCUGAACUGGUGAACGCCAGGUUCUCCAUGUCCAAGCAUGACGAACAGAAAAUCUAACCAUGUAAUCAUCAUUUUACAUUAUCGUUUUCUUUGUGUUUGUUAUGUAAAAAAGUGUUGAGGGAAAAGGUGAAAUUGAAAGGUCCAAGAAUCAAAUAUGAUGCAGCAGAGUUUGUAGUUUGAAGUA